UCGUCGCACAGCCAGCUGCGCAUAGACAACAAUGUUAUUUCUGCAGCUGGAAAGACAGCGACUUUUGAUAAAACUGGUCUUGUAGCACAUUGUCUAGCUUACAAUGACGAUUUAAAAGAGGCAUCGUUUAUGUUUUUACAACGUAUAUGUCAUAAGUUAUUGAUGCCGGAAGUCCGAAUCUGUGAAUAUCUUUCCAACUUUACCGAACUGCCGCGCCCUGACGAGCAACAGCAGACUUCUGAGGACUGUUCUCUGUUCCUGAAAGUUGUACUUUGUACGAACUGAGACGCCUCAUUGCCUGAGUGCUGGUCCACACGGAGUAAAGUGCAACAAAAGUUCUCAGAGUUGUUCCUUUGUGAGCGAAGGAACACAAACUUGCCUCGAGGAGACCCCAGGCGUUUGAAUCAUCAUGGCUCCACACCCUGUAAUCCAGGCAAUCAUCGACUUCUCAGCUGGAGCGAUAGGUGGAACAGCCUGUGUGCUGAGCGGUCAACCGUUUGACACCGCAAAGGUGAAGAUGCAGACGUUUCCCAGCAUGUACCGGGGCUUCAUCCAUUGUUUCAUCUCAACCUUCAGGCAGGUGGGACUGCUCGGUCUCUACAAAGGCACAACUCCGGCCCUGUUGGCCAACAUCAGUGAGAAUGCUGUGCUCUUCUUGAGUUACGGCCUCUGCCAGGAUGUCGUUCGCCUUUUGGCCGGGAUGGAUAAAGGGACAGAACUCAGUGAUCUUCAGAAGGCAUCUGCGGGGUCUUUAGCCUCCAUCUUCUCCUCCAUGGUACUCUGCCCCACAGAGCUGGUGAAAUGUCGCCUGCAGGCCAUGCAUGAAAUGGAGAUGUCUGGAAAGGUGCCGAGAGGACAGAGAAGCACAGCGUGGACUGUGGUGAAAACGGUGUUGAGGACAAAUGGGCCGUUGGGUUUCUACGAAGGCCUGACGUCCACCAUCAUGAGGGAGAUUCCGGGUUACUUCUGCUUUUUUGGAGCCUAUGAAGUGUGCCGGUCUGCAUUUGCACAACACAUGGGCACAGACAAAGAUAAUAUAGGUAUCCUUCCACUCGUGUUCAGCGGUGGAUUUGGAGGAGCUUGUCUUUGGUUGGCGGUUUAUCCAAUAGACUGUGUGAAGUCCAGGAUUCAGGUGUACUCUUUAGCUGGGAGGCAAGAGGGCUUCAUGAAAACCUUCAUGGGUAUUAUACGCACUGAAGGGUUCACUGCUCUCUACUCUGGCCUGACUCCCACCAUGAUACGCACCUUCCCUGCCAACGGAGCCCUCUUCCUGGCUUAUGAGUUCAGUCGCAAAUUCAUGAUGGAGGCGGCCGGUGCCUGAUGUGGAGGAUCUUUCCACUCGAAGCAGACAUUCUGUUAAAACACUGCCUCUUCUUUUAGCAUUUAAACUUAUAUAACUGGAGAUUUAUCGUUUCUUCAUAGCUUAUGAUCUGAAAAUGAUGUAAAUAUUGGUGUUUUUAUUAUGGUUUUAUUAGCAAAUCCUGGUAAUAACAUGAACAUUGUGUGUCCGUACUGUGCUGGCCACAGUCAUUUUAAAUAAAGUUUUAUUCUUGA